CAUUAGACUAGACUCUAGACUAUUUACUAUUUUGUUACUCUAAGUUACCACUCUAGAAUCCAGAUCAUUUUAGCUUUUAUAAAUGUAAACAAAUUAUGGCUAAAUUUGAAUUAUAAGGUCUAAUCUAUAUUUAAAAUGAUAGAUUAUAGAUUUAUUUGAAUUACAGAGGGAAACUCGAUUAUCAACCUGUCAAACAAGUCCCUAAAAAAUAAUAGUUACGUCGGAUUUUGCUAAAUAACCUAAUUCCGAUAACAUUUAAUUUCGACUGUUGGACUUUUUAAAAUUUUGCAGAUUAAAAUAAAUGUCAUUAUGAUUUGGUGUUGAUGAGAGGUGUGAGAGCCCCACCUUACCAUGGAUAUAGUAGUGGCUGUGAUCAAGCCUGCCAAACCUGGCCAUGCUACCAUGACCUACAGGCCCCAGCUGUACGAAAUACUUUUGUUAGACAGCAAAAUGCCACCUGGGGAGAAGGGUAAACAAAGUAAAUAUCUGCCCAUGAUGACCAUCAAGUCUAUGGAUGAGGAACCCAGAGAGCUAGUGCUGACCCAAGUCCACAAUUUGACUGGGAUCAAAGGUGAGCGUGCCCUGCUAGUCCAGUGGAAUAACAGCCUCCAUAGUGCUCACAGGGAAUCAUUGGCCAGAUUUUCAUUGUACUUUGUCCCUGUUAGUCUAAAUGCUGAAGUGGUGAAGAAAGUCACUGACCCAGCCCAGACCCCACCCAGCUUCUACCCACUAGAGUACGUCAUCCACACGGUCAACCACAACUCUAUCCACUUCCCCUCACCCACACGGACAUUUUUGUUACAGUUGGAGAGUUGGUUGGAAGAAAAACAUCAGCGUCAAACGGCCAUUGAGUUUAUGUUCCAACAGAGAGCCGACUACCGCAUCCACUUCACCGUACACAACCCCGUCUUCAUUCAUAGUCGCCUCUCUGUCGACGUCGACUCAGGGUCCAACGGUAAAACUGGGAACGUCCCCCAGGAGAUUGUCAAGACGGCCAACGAAGCCUUGGCCAAAAUGUUGGCCAUAGAGAAAUGUAAUACGGUUGUGAUCAAUCCACUUUUUGGAUCUGCCCUGCCCUACAAAACAAAGCCAAAUACGUAUGUGAUAAACCAGCAUUGGCCAAAUAUGCCCAGCGUACACGUCAGCAACAACUCCACAGGCAGCAGAUGGCAGGACAGAUACCCCUUACAUAACUACGCUGCUCAGGGGGAGAAACGUACAGUUGAGCUACUGUUGAGACAAGGUUACUCCCCUUCAGUGCUGGAUAAUGUUGGUUGUGCACCUAUCCAUUAUGCUGCCAGGUAUGGCCAUGUCAAUGUUGUUGAGGCGCUGUUGUUUGCUGGAUGUUCCCCUAAUCUGGUGGACGUUGAGAAAAACACAGCUUUACACACGGCGGCCAAGAGAGGCCACGUCCAGUUGGCCAAAUGUUUGUUGCAGUGUCCUGAUAUAGACCUGAGCAUCAAGGACAAAGAUGGCAACAGGGCUGUGGACAUCUGCGCCACUGUGCUGGACAAGACGGUCAAGCAUGAGGAGGUGGAGAAGUUGAUCAAAGAGGCCGCCAAGAGACCUAGCUUCACCGUGGCAGUUUUCUUGAUGGACAAGUCCAGUAAAAACCUCAAAUUGAUCUCAGGUUUUAAGACAACAGUCCAGCAACUCAAUGAGCAGCUCAUGAAGGAGUUUAAUCUACCACAGAAUUAUUCCGACAUUUUUACAUUGUGGAUUGGCUCUAAGAGUUUGGAGCUGCAGCUGAAGCUAGAGAGUGAGGUGGUCAAGGAGCUGCAGCAGUGGUACACACGCUGCGUCAACAUGCUGACCUCCAGGAGAAACCCAUCUGAUGAGGAACCUAUCCUCACAUGGCGGAGAAAUGUUAAAGUCAGUGUAGAGAAGGAGAAACAGCUCCAGCACCCAAAAGCCCUGGACCUGUUGUUCUAUGAAGCGCGACACAACUACAGGAGUGGCUUGUACCCGUGUGGGGAUAAGGACACCAUCAGCUUCGCCACCAUCAUCUUCAGCCUGCAACACUGGGGCGCCACUAACAUCAAGUCCAUCCUCUCCAACUUAAACCACCCCCAGCUAGUGGAGCUAAUGCCAGCUGUUCCCAUCAAACCCAAAGACACGCGGCACUGGGUCAACAAAAUCUCUAUAGAGUACGGCGCCAUCAAAGACUUGUCAAAACAGCAACUCAAGUCCCAGUUCCUUAGCGCAUGUCAGCGGCUCACAGUGUACGGCUCGGCUUUCUUUACUGGGACAAUUUCCUCACAAUCUAAAAGGUCUUCCAGCUCAAACACCCACUGUUACGUCGGAGUCAACGACAUCGGCAUCCACAUCAUCAGCGUACAGACUAAGCAAAUGAUCCAGUCACUGAAAUACAAAGAAAUCUCUUGGAGACAUGUACAGGAGAAAACAAUUCUUGAGGUCAAGGCCACAAAACCAGAGAACCGUAACCAACGAGGGGUCAUUGAGAUCAAGACGCGCCAGGCAGGUCUGAUAGACCACCUCAUGCAACAGCUGUCACGCAUGGCCGGAGACUACGCCAACCGUUGAGGGAGUGGGGGUGUGUGUGAGGUCCUUGUGUCUGCUCACACAUUUUUUAAUGUGUGUGUGUGAGGAGUGUGUGUGAGUGAGCACUUAAGUGCCUGCUGACGUAGAUCCCAGAGAAAUUGUGUUAACCACAGGGUCAGUGACCAGAUUUAAGUAGAAAAUAUAUUUUGUGCUUGUUGUCUUGGGCUUAAUUUGAGAAAUGACAUCCAAGCAGGGUAGGUUGAUACUAGGUUGAUACUAGGUUGAUACUAGGUUGAUACUAGGUUGAUACUAGAGCUUAGUUUAGCUGGACCUCGUUGAUGCAUAAUUUAUUUUGUUGUUUUAAAUUAAUGUAUGCUCUAAUGUUAACAUGGAUAUAUUGACAAAUAGUAUUGCAGCUUGGAUAAAAACUAAUUAAUUUAAUUAAUAAUUAAUCACCAAGCAGCUGAUAAUGUUGUGAUAAAAAGUGACCUUAUUACAUUUUAAACCAAGGUUAAGGAUGUGAUUCAUUUUGUUGAUUAGAAAGUGUCAUGUUGGUAAUUGCCCUGCCUUGUUAGCAUGUUGCCUAUUAGGUUUAACUUGUUGCCUAUAUAGGUGUUACAUAUUGAGCAUAUAGGUUGGGCAUGUUGGCCAUAUAAAUUGGACAUGUUGCCCAUAUAGAUUUCACAUGUUGCCCAUAAAGGUUUAACAUACCAUAUAGGUGUUACAUAUUGAGCAUAUAGGUUUCACAUGUUGGCCAUAUAGGUUUAACAUAUUGCCAACAUUUGGGCAUGUUGGCCGUACAGGUUUGACAUAUUGCCAACAUUUGGCUAAACAUUACGAGAUCUGAUCUCUGAGACUUCCCAUUUUACAUUCCAGUCUGUGUCUGCUUUGUUUGUUGUUUUGUCUGUUUUAUUUUUUUGUUGGUUGUUUCAUGUGUCUGUUUUAUUUGUUGGUUGUUUCAUUUGUCUGUUUUAUUUGUUGGUUGUUUCAUGUGUCUGUUUUAUUUGUUGGUUGUUUCAUUUGUCUGUUUUAUUUGUUGGUUGUUUCAUCUGUCUGUUUUAUUUGUUGGUUGUUUCAUUAGUCUGUUUUGUUGGUUGUUGCAUUUGUCUGUUUUUUUGUUGGUUGUUUGGUCUAUUUUAUUUGUUUGUUUCUGUAUUUAUGUUUUGUUUGUGUUUAGAUGAGUAAAGUUGUAAUUGAAAAGAAACAGUCCUGUUUGUCUUGUAUUUGUUGACUAGCUGUAUCCUUCAGUUGAAACUAAUAGUGGUAGCUAGCAACCCUUCAUGUUGUGUAGCAACCCUUCAUGUUUUGUGGCAACCCUUCAUGUUGUGUGGCAACCCAUCAGGUUGUGUAGCAACCCAUCAGGUUGUGUAGCAACCCAUCAGGUUGUGUAGCAACCCAUCAGGUUGUGUAGCAAAAUUUAGCCCGCUAAUUUCAGCCUUUGUCCAAUACAAUAAUAAUCUACAAGUCAGCAGUUGUUUGAAGUUUAGGAUUCAUCUCCUAGUUGGGCUGCUGUUUCCAGCUAACAAAUCCCAUCCUAGUCUGAACUCAGGCCUUUGGAGUCAGCUAUCAUGUGUUCUCCCACCCGACCACGCUGUCCCUUGGCUUAGCAAAUCCUCACCUCCACCUGGCUCUCUAGCUCUCGAGCUGUUACAUACCUGUAUAAAAAAAAAACAAUCUCUCACCUGUCUGGUGCCUUUGUUGUCUACCAUGCUAUCAAACUUGACAGCAAACUUGACUGAAAAUUGUAACUUUUUUAGACUUGCAAAUUUAAAACCACCAACACUAUCUCUAGCCAAUAAAAAUAUUGUGUUUAUGACAAAGCUCAUUUGAACAGAGCUCAUUUGAUCUAAUGAUGUUGGUUUUCCUGUUGAAGUUAGGUCAUUGUUUUAUUUGCCAUGUUGGAUUAAGAUCAAAAUAAAAAUGUUCAUUGUUUCAACUGCUUACAAAUUGUAAUUUAUUUUGUAAAAAUAUUGCCAUAAUCUUACACAGAUGUAAAUAGUUAUACCAAUUGUGCUUUAGCAAACUUAACUUUUAUGAUUUUAGAAUGAGGUGUAAUUGAACGAUGUGAUGUUUUACAAUUUAUUUUUUAUGAAAUUUUGUUCAUUUUGAAUGUAAGACUAGCAGUGUAGAAUAUUUUUAUGGCAAGAAUUUGUGAUAACAAAU